AUGGAUGGGGAUGUGUUCGAUGAAAUCGGAUCCAUGGUUCAGAUGGGAGAACCAAAGGAAAUCGAAGUGAUUUGGGAAAUCCUGAACGUAGAGAUGGCUCAGCCUCAAAUCGUGGUGCCAAAUUUAGAGAAGAAAAUGCCGAAGAAGGUGUGCUACGAAAUGCCCACUAAGAAGAUGGCUUCUCAUCUUAAACCUCUAUACGUGAGUGCUCAUUUUGAUGGGAUUCCAGUGAGCAAAGUUCUAGUCGACAUAGGAGCCACGGUGAACAUCCUCCCAGCCUCAGUGAUGAAGAAAUUGAAGAAGAGUUCAGACGAUUUAAUCCUGACCGAGACAACGGUCAGUGGCUUUGUGGGAGAUACCACAAGAUCGAAGGGGAUCAUCCCACUCCAAGUUAGAGUAGGAGGAAAGGUCAGGGUGACAACCUUCUUCGUGGUAGAAACAACGGCUCGUUUUAGUGCGUUGUUGGGCCGAGAUUGGAUCCACGAAAGUAUGUGUGUCCCUUCCUCGCUUCAUCAGACUCUACAAUUUUGGCACAAGGAUGGGAGUGUGGAACUAGUUCAGGCCGACUCACGGCUUUUCAUGGCUUCAGCCAAUGCGGUAGAGGCCAGAUUCUAUGAGGAUGAUCUUAGUCCUCUUUAUUUCACUGGGUCAGAUAAGAACGGCCGACCUAUGAGAGUCUCGACCCAAAAAUUGAUAGACUUGGGGCCACACGAUGCCCAAGCAGAUGGGGAGCACCACACGAUGGCUGAUUUCUUCUCUCUCAAUGAGUAA